AUGGUACCAUUUCGUACCAAUCGGUCACAAAAAACGGACGAAGAUUCAUCAUUUUACCUCCACCUGCAAAGUGGCUCGCUCCUGUCCCAAUUGGUUGCCAUGGCAACCGACAACAAACACUGCCAGACGCUGUCAAUUACGCCGGAAGUUCAUACCGAUGAUUUUCAACAAGGAAUGUAUGACGAGACAAUAGAGGUGAAUGCGCAAGAAAUCGAGAGCCCCAACUCCGAAGAGGAGUCACCGAAAAUGUCCAAGUUUAACCCUCCUGUGAGACAUACGGCCAGACACGACUUCGAUUCUGACUCUGAGAGCGAGUCUAGUCCUGAGAAAUUCGAAUUUUCAGAGGAGGAUCAGUCGCCUGAUAGACAGUCGAAGCAUUCAGAUAAGGAUAACCAACAAGUGAAGCAGGCUAAAAAUACCAGCGAAUUGUCCAGACAGUCUAGUAGACGACAUGAUUCUUCUAAUUCCGAGACAGACAGUGGCGAUUUAGAAGCUGAUUUGAACCGGCCUGAGCCAGUCCUGCCAGUGGCCGGAAGUGGGAAGAAGCGUGGAGUAGUUAUACCAGCUGAGGGCGCGUAUGAUCCAAAACAAUUCGCCGAUCUCAAAGUACCGCCUGAGAUGGACAAUAUAUUCCAAUAUAUUAUGAAAUACACUCCCCAAAAGAUCGAUAUAGAGUUCAAAUUGCAACCGUUCGUUCCCGAGUACGUGCCCGCCGUGGGCGAUACGGACGCAUUCAUCAAAGUGACCGCGCCCGCUUGCGGACUGCGCGCCGAGCCGCUCGCCGAACGCGCCCUGCAGUUCAUAGACAACUUGGGUUUGACAAUAUUGGAUGAGCCAUCUGCAGAGCAAAGUGACUCGGCGUUAUUACACUUGCAACUUCGAGCGAUUUCUAAAACGUCCAGCGCCAAGUCGACUUUGCUUACGAAGAAGAUUGAGGACGCGGAGAAUAAUCCAAAAGCUAUAGAUCGAUGGAUUAAGGACGUCAGUGAGCUGCACAUGUCGAAACCGGCACCAACGGUAACCUACACCACAAAAAUGCCAGAUAUAGACAGUCUAAUGGAAGAAUGGCCCGAGUCUAUGGAGGAAUCUCUCAACGAAGUUGGUUUCCCGCCAGCGUCGCUUGACUGCACGCUAUCACAGUACGUUGAUAUAGUCUGUGCAUUAUUUGACAUUCCCGUCGCGGGAGAUACGCUCAAUGACAGAAUAGAGGCGCUUCAUUUGUUGUUUAGUCUGUAUUCAGCUGUCAAAAACUCGCAGCUAUACGCCGAUAGGCUAAAGGAAGAAAAAGGAUAG